UAUAUUAAGUGUAAAGUUUGAAGUAAUUUUCAAUGGCGUUUGAUAAACGUUUUGAAAAAUAAAAGUGGAUAUUAUUAAACAGUGUUUCAUGUAACACUUGAAGCAACAAUGGAUGAAAACACGACAGACCUGUUCAAUAUCAGUUCCUUGCUCCGAAUGAGGGAUGUGGCUACUACAGUCUCAGCUGUGAUAGCAGUUAGAAAUACUAGCGUCGCGAGUACCAGUACCGCGUACGAGUGGCGAUUCAUACUCCCGCCCUACUUCCUAAUAUUCUUACUGUCGAUAUCAGGAAACUGCAUGGUGAUCGCAACCCUAGCUAGCAACAGAAGAAUGAGAACAGUCACUAACGUUUAUUUAUUGAAUUUGGCAAUAUCAGAUUUCCUCUUGGGGGUGUUUUGUCUACCCUUCACAAUUGUUGGACAAGUUUACAGAAGAUUCCUGUUUGGUGCAGCGUUAUGUAAACUUAUACCAUUUGUACAGGCCGUCUCAGUAUCAGUGGACGUGUGGACCCUGGUAGCUAUUUCCCUGGAGCGCUACUUUGCGAUCUGCAGACCUUUGAAGUCCAGAAAAUGGCAGACGCAAUGCCACGCCUACAAGAUGAUAGCGACCGUAUGGCUGAUCUCCAUAGUCCUCAACUCGCCUAUCCUGAUUGUGUCUACGCUACAACCGAUGAGGGGGAACGCCUUCAAGUGCAGAGAAGUCUGGUCGAGUUUAGAGCUGGAGCGGACCUUCAACUUGGGUCUGGAUGGCGCGUUGCUCCUCAUCCCAUUCUUCAUCAUGUCCUUUGCUUACUCUCUAAUCGUCACCAAGCUCUGGAGAGGCAUGCGGCAUGAGAUCCAGCAUAAUUACAACAGGCAGCAAUUAACAAGACAAGCGAGCUGUAAAAGUAACCACAUGAUACCUACUACGCCGAUACUCCAGUCAAACUCCACCGAACUUUGCUGCAAAAACAAUUGGACGACCAAGAAAUUAUUAAAGACUGAUAUAGAGCCAAGACUCGACCCAGACAGAAGCCCUCAGAGCUGCUGCAUGCACACGGACCUGGAGUUUCGCCAUGUUGUCCGUUCUACCCACAUCGACAAAAGCAUAGAAGCGAAAAGAAAAGUCAUAAGAAUGCUGUUCGUCAUCAUAUUGGAAUUCUUCGUCUGUUGGACUCCCCUUCAUGUUAUAAAUACGAUAUACCUAUUCUACCCGGAGGAGCUGUAUCAGUACGUGGGACCAAAGGGCAUCAUAUCCCUGCAACUGUUAGCUUACUGCUCUUCGUGCUGCAAUCCCAUCACCUAUUGCUUCAUGAACCGCAAGUUCAGGCAAGCGUUCAUCACGCUCAUCAAGUCCUGUAGACUGUUCAGAAAAUGUUUCGCGGAGAAGCUGGAGUGCAAGCAAGUGACCCUCCCGCCUUCGAGCCAGGACGUCAGUGCCUGCAUCAUCCGAGGUAGUCAAACUGGACGCACAGGUUUCUCAAUACGAGUUGGACGGGCUGGAAGGGGAGGAUUGUGUUUAGCAGCGGCUCACAAAGCACUACGCUGGCAAGCGGCACACACUCGGCUCUGCCCACCACCGUUGUCGGAAGACACGGUACACAGGUCAUCGAGACAGGGGAAGAAGGCAGCCAAUUCCUAUAUCGAAUCACAUGGGCGAGAACGGGACAAUCGCGAGUUGUCGCUCCGACACAGCCGUUAUAUGAGUAAUCAAUCUAUCUGAAUAUCUCGUGGAGUAGUAAGUGAAAACUAAACUGCCUUGUGAACGAUUGAAUUGGCCACAGACUGCAUUUCGAGUAACUUUCUUUGGUGAAAAUGUGGUGCGUUACGAGACGGGAGUGAUUAUAAUGAAUGUGACAAGCUAACAAGCAUGGUGGAUGGCGUUAGGCAGUCGACUAUCGAUAGAUUGAUAUCCAUUGUCGAUUUUUUUCAUCGAUAGUACUGAGUUUGGCUUUCAACACAAUCGUAGGUAAGUAUUAAAAAUAAACAAACAAUUGACAGUUUAUUUGUAUUUAUGAAAAACUAUCGCUUUUGAUAGUGUGACAACAUUAAUGGUGUGUGAAUAGUAUUUAUAACGACUGCGUAAACAGACUAAUAUUAGUCUGUGUGCAUCAGUAACUACUAUGUAAAUACGUUAUUUGAGUGUAGAUAGACUUAAUUAUAUUAAAUUUGAGGUGCAAAAAGAUUAGAUAAUAAUAAGUAACAUUCAGUCAUUCAUUUUAUGAGCUUGUGUGUGAUUCAGAUUACGAUAAAAUAACAUAGUAUACCUACACAUGUUUACAUGAGCUUCUUCUUCAUAAUAUAAAAAUAAAUUGAUUGGUUGUUAGAGCUCUUUGAAAUGUCAAUGACGAUGACAUCCAAGUUAUUUGUGAAAAAAUGUGAAAGAAGUAAGUACUUAUAAAAACUAAGCAACGUCAGAUUUUAAAUAUUUUUAUUACAAUGUUUGAUUAUCCUUCCUUAUUCUAUUCGUGUGUCCAUUAUGUAAAUAAACAUACUAAAUCGUAAUCUGGCCCCUGCAAUACAAGCUGAGUUUAGUGCUGGGACCGCCGCAUAUCUAGAGCAAUUGGGUAAUUUCCUAGGUCAAAGAUACAUUAAAGUUUGAAAUUAUGAUUACUAAAUACAGAUCUAAAGGUGACAAAAAACGUUUUCUUUUUUCUAUUAAACAUAUUAUGAGCCAUGUCAGGGGCCUUUGGCGGCUCAAUCAUAACCCUGACACCAGGGUUGAUGAGGCUGGUAUUCCACCUCACAACCCACACGAUAAGGAGGAGGAUUAAACUUAUUUAUGAAUUUUAAUAAAUAAAUAAAUAAUAAUAAGUGCGACUUUUUGUCACGUUUUCCUAUGACGUCACAGGUUGCUUUUUCAUACAAAUUCCAUAGUAAUUUUGUGUUUUGACGUUUAGUAAAAAGUACCUGAUUUGACUAGUGGGAAAUUAGCCUAUUGGUCAUAUUAUAGUUGUCUGUAUUUUUUAUUAUGAAGUUGUAAGCCUAUGUUUUAUAAGCGUUUAUUAUUUUUAUUUAUUAUUUAGAUACCUACCAAGAUGAAUGUAAGUAUUAAUAUUCGUCGCGGUAACGAAACAAGAUUAUUAUAAUAAUAGACUGACGAGAUAACAAAUGGAUUACUGCGACGAAUAAGUAGAUAAUAUAUUUUAACGUUAAUGAAAAUCUUCUUCUAUUGUAUGGGUUGUGAUUGAAAUUAGAAUUGCCCAUUUAAACACCCUGUUGAAAAGAGCUAAUAGAAUAAUUGUAUUCUAACCAAAAUUAGAAAUAUUAAAAUGUAUUAUGUAAAAUAAUUCUGUAUCUUUGUAAUCUUACUUACAAAUAUUGUAAAUAAUGUAUAUAGCUGUUCUGAUCUGGAUUUCCACAGCUGUCUGCGAAUCUCCUCGUGAAUAUAUUUAUGGAACUAAUUUAUGAGAUUUCAGCAGACUUAUUCAAGUUAUCUCAUGCGAAAUUAAGACCCAAUUAAUGAAUACGGGUACAGUUACAGUUGUAUUGAAAGGAUUUGGUGCGACUUAUGCCCACAAAUUGAGUUACGUAUUAUGAGUAUACCUAACCUAACCAUGUGUACAUUGCUAAUAAAAUCUUGUCAGGCAAUGAAUGACCUUUUAAGUCUAUUUUGUUCAGUUGCCAACUUUGGUGAGUAACUAGUCCUCAAUGACACUAACUCAGUCCACUGAAGCUUAGAAUGUUUUAUAGAAUAUAAGCCUAUUACCUGUGUACCUGCUGCAACAGGAAAAUAAUAUUUUUUGAAAGAAAAAAUACAGUUAUUAUUCAAGAACUUGUACCUAAGGUUAUAUUUUCCGAUGGGCCUUUGCAUCGUCCAUCUAUCUUCUUAUCGUGUCGAUGGCAAACUAAAUAGUAUCGGCCUAAAACUUGGCAACAAGUAUGGCGCUAUCUGCAGCGCAUCAUCAGAUCCUCCUAUUCCAUCCAUUAAAUUAUAACAAUAAUUUGAUUUUUGUUUUACGCCAAAAAGUCACAGAAAUUCGAUUUCACAGGUUGGGUUAUUUUUCACUCGCAAAUACUUAAUAAUAAUAAAAAAGUUUAUUCAGGUAAAACCUACGACACACCUAUACAUUUACAACAUUAAAACAUACACACAUUAAUAUACUUCAGGUCAUUAGACAUUAUCAAGUUCACAUCAUAUGGAACAGAUUAGACAAAGAGCACAUGUCAAAAUAAACUUAAAACUAACAACAAUAAUAAGAAAAGAUAAUAACACAUAAAAAAACCCAGAAGUAACUGCAUAAUAUAAUAUUGUGAUGUAAGGAUAUGGAUUUUACGAGGAUGCUCUCCAUUUAUAUGACCAAGUCGGGAAUACCAUCCUCACCUCGGAUCUUUAAAGUGGUUAAGUGAAAUAUUGAAUGUUUGACUUUAAUAAGGCAUUUCAAUAGUUUCUGUAGAAUCUAAUGUUUAUAGUGUGUAUAUUCAAAUGAUAAGCGGUAGCGGAUACCAUAGCGUGACCAUUUGAUAAAUAUAAAACAAAUAGAUAGUCAACUUUUGUUCAUUGAAAGUUUCACAUGUUAUUUCAAGUGUGUGGUAUGUGUGUGUGUGUGUGUGUAUUUUUCGGUGUUAUGUAAUAUUACGAAGAAUUAAAAAGUUCACUUCAAAAUGAGUGUUUAACUAUUGAAGCAUUAUAAUAUGUUACGUCAUACAAACUUAUGUCAUCGAAAUAGGUUAUAUGAAAAUCGAGAUGUCCCGCACGAUUUGAGUCUUCUAGUUUACAAACUUGCUUGCUGACGCCAAAGAAAAAAAAAAAACUUGCUUACAAAAACAAACUAGUACGAAUAAGAUUCCUUGUUAAAAGAGUCUCUAUGUAAAAAGUUUAUAUUACC